UAAAAACAUAAGUGGGACUUAUAGCUUGAGUGGGAAAUCUUUCUCAAUAAUAUUAUUCGGUUUAAUUGCGGGUGUUUAAGGAAAAACACAAUUGGAUAAUAAGGUUCAGGUCUAUGCUACAAUAACGAAAAUAUGCAAUCUGUCACGGAUAUUCCUAGAGUAAUUGACAGUUCAAAGCAAAUGCAGUCCUGAUUGUGUUGAUAUGAAGUCUUCAACAAACUCACGAAAAGCAUCAAUGAAACAAGAAAAAGUACAAAUUAAAACUGAAAAGGAUGAACUGCAUCCGCUUGCUCACUACGUGGACGACCGUGUUGAGUUAGUGAAACAAAUCUUCUCCUGCUUAAAAACCAAAACUAUUAGAAACUUAGCGCCCGGCUUCCUAAAGGAUAGUCCGAUAGACGAGAUCAAGGAGCUCUGCCUAAAUGAAUUGCUUGGCUUAUCUACGAAACGGCUACUGUCGAUCAUAAACUCAACAAAGUGUCCUACGGAUACCGAAAGUUCCUCAGAUUCGGAUGUUCACAAUGUUGAAGAACAUAUUUCCCUGGAAGAAAUAUCAUCUGACAGUGAAACGGAGAAGAGUCAUGGAGCAAGUAAACCCAAAAAGGCUAAGAAAGAUCAAAUAACAAAAGAACAACAGCAAAAUGACAAUGCGAAAGAUAAAGGCGUGAGUGUUUUGGAGCUCCUCGAAUUACAGGCUCGAGCUCGCGCUAUACGAUCUCAGUUAGCUCUGGAACCAGUUGCAAAAAUCGAAGUCGAUUCGGAUGACUCCACCGACGACGCAUCCCAAUCAACAAGCAAGGUAUCAUCGUCAAGUCGCUCUAAUGAUAAAAAAAUGACCAAUGGCGCUGAACCUUCUGCAGUCCGAAAAACCAAAUCUGUAAAGUUGAAGAGAAACUUCCGGAAAGCUAAUCACGAUGAGGAUACUGAAGAUGUUGAAAAUAAGAAGUCUGAGAAAGACGUCGGCACUGAAAAAAGUGAAAAUUCCAAAGUGGAAAGUGAAAAGAAAGAUCGAGUGGAAGAUGGUGGUGGUGCCAAACAAGAGAGAUCUGCAUCACCGGAUGUGAUAACGAUUCUUCCUAGUCCUGAAACGUUGUGUAUAAGUGAUUCUAGUGACGAAAAUGAUGAUGUGUCAUACCAAAGUUCGUUACGUGAGGAUGCUCGUACAGAGAGGAUUGAAAAGGAAGCAGAUGACCGUCAAAAACAAAGCAGUUCUAAUGACGUCAGUAGCCAGAAAGAACCCAUUGGGGCAGAAGUAGAUAAUUUAAAACAAUCAGAAGCAAAGGAAAAAGAACAGGAGGAAAUUGAAGACGGGGAGAUAAUUGAUAACGAUGGAUCGAUAGCAGCCACUUCGAUAUGUGACACUACAGCAGAAGAAGCGAAGUCACAGCCGACAGCUAACGCUGAGACUGAAGCGUUAGCAAUUAAGAAAGAAAUGCUUCAAUCUGAGGAUAUUGCCCCAAUUGAAGAUAAUGCGAGAAAAGAUUUUAGUAAAGUGGAAACACCGGAAGGAUCGAAAGAAACUGAACAAUCAGGAAGUGUGGGAACGGAUUCAAGCAAGGAAGGCACAGACCAACUUGAUAAGGUUUUACAGGAUCAUAAAGACGAUGACUCAAUACACCAAUGCGAUGAUGUAAUUUCUUUGGGUAACGACGACCUCGAAGAUCUUCAUGAUGAGCAGGAUAGGAGCAAGGACGAAGCUUCCAACAAACCUAGCAUGCCUACUCAUAGCCAUGAGGAGGAUCAAAAGCCAAGCGAAAUCGCUAGUGAACAAAUAGACAAUGACGUUAUAACUCUCGAUAACUCCAGCGAUGAAGAAUCUACUCUCAGUAAAUUCUCCGAAUCAAAUCAGAGUCAAUCUUGGAAUCACAGGUGGCUAAAAAGUAACAGAGUCAGCAAAAUUUUGGCUACAUCUCGCUUGGGCAAUCGACUGCGAGAAAAAAUCAAAAAAUCAAAGAGACAAAGUGAUAAUGUGGAAGAGGAGUCAAAUUUGGAGCAACCGGUAACAGACGAUUUCAAGUCACAGUUUGAGGAAGGAUCUAUUCAACAGUAUGCGGAGAUUUUGAAGAAAAACAAAACUGGAAAGCUUUGAAAAUGUAUGUGUAGUAUAUAUAUGUAGGAAAGUAUUGAAAUAAAUAUUUUUAUGAGAAAA